ACGACUCGACUCGAAUACUUGCCUCCCUCCUUCUCAAGCCCCAUCACAUUGAUCCCUGGCUCACUACAUAUACUACAAUCACCCAUUGAUUGUACGGUUUCAUUGCCUCCUUCCGCCCCGAGAAUAACCUGACCCGUACCUGCUUUGUCUAUUCCGCCAUUGGCCCUUACGGGUCUCAUUGAGAAAGAAGAAGAAGGAAACCGCCACCUUUCAUGGGUACGAACAUGACCAUGAACCGGGCUUUUCCGCCAUCACCACCUAGUGACCCAGAUUUGUUAUCAUCAAUCACAACACCACCACCACCACCAACGACAACAACAGCAACAACAACAACAUCAUCAUCAUCAUCAUCAUCAUCAUCAUCAUCAUCAUCAUCAUCAUCAUCAUCAUCAUCAUCAUCAUCAUCAUCAUCAUCAUCAUCAUCAUCAAACCGCCCAAUAGCUCCCAACCUGCCUCAGCUUGCCCAACCUGGCAUCACCGACAGCAGCCCGAUCUUGGCCGCGGCACAAGCCGCUGCAAUGAAUACACCAACAGCAAGGGCAGCAGCAGCAGCAACAGCAAUACGUAAAGCGCGGAUACCUCCUCGAAACGACGCCGGAGCGCUGUACUGCGAACACCCCGAGUGUCAUGGUUUCGAACUCACAUUCAGAAGAAUGUGUGAAUGGCACAAGCACAUGGACCGGCAUGAGAGACCGUACAAGUGUUUUGCAUACGGAUGCGAACUUACCCCGGGCUUCACAUACUCUGGCGGUCUGUUGAGACAUCAGCGAGAGGUGCACAAGAUGAACAUGUCCGCGAAGCAACCUCUAUUUUGUCCCUUUCCCAGUUGCAACCGCAACCGGGACAGCGAGAAUGGCUUCACCAGGAGAGAAAACCUGGAGGAGCAUAAGAGGAGGAGACACAUGUCUGAGUUGCUGGAAGAGGUAGCUCCGAAGGAAUCCCCUAAGUCAUCCUACUCUCCUGGUCCGCCAACAGCCACAGCUGCUGUCACCCCGAUGAGGAGAAGACGAGAAGAGGAGGUGUUGCCCUCACCAUCGUCAUCAACAUCAUCGUCGUCGGCAGCAGCAGGAGCAGGAGCAACAGCAGUGGCAGUAGUAUCAUCAUCAUUGGCACGGCUGCAUCGAACGUCUGCACCUGCGCUGAAACGACGACGUGCGGAUACGUCGACCACGACCACGACCACGACCACGGACGACCCUCAACGUGUACAGCACCUGUUGUAUCAAUCGGGUUUGAAUGAGCAUCAACUCAUUCAUCUUCUCCAAUGUCGGCUGCGCGAAAGGGAAGACAUGAUUCGUGCCCAGGCAGCAGAGCUCUGCCGAUACCAGAGCCUUUUCCACUCCCUGCCACAUCAGGCGGUCUACGGUGUCGGUGGUGAACAACCGACUCAGGUUCCACAACAGUUGCCUGGAGGUGCAGACAGUACGGCAUUCGCGAGGGUGGCGGAUACGAAAGAACCCCGAGUUUGAGACGGGAUUGGAGUGUGUCAUGUGCAGAGUCGAAUGCGGGAUUUCUUUGACUGUUUUCUUUCUUACUUCUUAUUUCUUUUCAGCGGCUACUUUCCCUGGCUGGAACGGGGGGUUACGGUACGGAAAGCAAGGGGAAACGGGAUAGUUGAAGCUGACUACCCGGAUACCUCGGACGUGUACUACAACGGACGUCCUCUCUUCUCAUAAACUCAUUUUCAUUAUCACGGCCGAUUACGGGGUUAUUGGGUUCUACAUCGGUGUUUGGAAGAUUAUUGCGUUUCAUCAUCACUCCUCCACGAUUUUUCCAUAUGUGAGUACGGAGUAUGGAAUGAUCAAGGCAUAGGAUGCCACUCCCCUUUUUGUCCUUUUUUCCUACAAAACAAAAUAUGAACUACACGAGAAGAGUCUACGCGGGUGGUAUGGGUUAUGGGAUACAGGUUUGGACUGAUUGGAUAACAAGACAAGCGAAUGAACUUGUGGGGGGGAAACGAGGCGAGGCUUGAAGAGUAACGGAGUUGUAACCGAAGAUGGAAGACCGAGAAAGAUCAAGAAUCGAGACAGGCAGAAGUUCGUGUACGAGGACAAUCGUAUACGGAUGCCUGUUUGGAUGUCGCCACUCAUUUUGAUACACACCAACCCCCCCUUGAGGAAGCAAGUAUGUCACAUGGCAUUGCUGCCUGUCUCUUGGCUUUUUUGUUUCCUUUCUUGUUGAGGGUGGUUUGGGUAUGUUUACGAGUACAAGGUGGCUACGUGUCUACGUCCGUCCAGGGAGAGGAGUCACAAACCAGUGGGAGUAGGACUAGGAUGGUUGGCUAUUACUCUGGGAUUUUGAUAUGGUGGCCUUGUGUUUUUAGGACGGCUGGAUGGGAUUGAUUCCGAGGAGUUUGAUGACGAACAAGACACAGAGAUGAAGAUUACGGCCGCGGAACACACUUGGGUAUCUUUUCAACUGUACGUUAUAUGGGCGAGGGGUAAAUUGACAAUGGUGUUUUGGCGAUGGCGGAGACGGGACUGACCUAUACACUCCUUUUUUUUGAAAUAAAAAACACAACUCUCCUUACGGUCUAUGAGUUCAAAAAAACAAAAAAC